UUACCUUUUUGUUAAAAAACCAUAAAAUUUUAUAAACUAGUUUGUGUCGGAAACCGUCGUCUCUCUCUUCACCAGAUCUGCCGAUCUAAACAAGGAGAAAUUUUAUCGCAAUAAAAAGAUUGAUAUCAAUCCAUAACCAAUCAAUCAGAUCGUGGAGAUCUGUAAUUUUAAACCCACAAUUACAGAGCAGUCGACGACGAUGUCGUCCAAUUACCCCGAGCCAGAAGUUAAAAGGAGGAAGAAGAUGAAAGAGGCGUCUCCGUCGUGGUCAGGAUUGCCGGACGAGGUGGCUGUGAGUUGCUUGGCUCGCGUCUCGAGAUUGGACCAAGCAGCCUUAUCUCUCGUCUCCAAGAGACACCGCACUCUCGUAGCUUCCCCUGAGCUCUGCCGCACGCGAUCACUCAUUGGUUGCACGGAGGCGUCUUUCUACGUCUGCUUACGCAUCUUACCUGACCCAACCCCACGUUGGUUCGUCCUCACAGGUAACCGUCGGCUGAAGCCAAUCCCAUCGCACCCCUGUUUGGCUCCAGAGUCAUCCUCUUUCGUGGUGGUGGAUUGGGGAAUCUAUGUAAUCGGUGGAAUCAUAAACGGCGAUCCAACUCCCGAAGUCUUGUUCCUCGACUGUUUCUCUAAGACAUGGCGCCGCGUCCCGUCCAUGAAGAUGGCUCGUGUUUCCCCAUCGGUAAGCCUAGUAGACGGUAAGGUUUACGUUUUUGGAGGGUGCCGAGGAGAGGAAGCUGAUGAUUCCUCAAACUGGGCGGAGGUAUUCGAUCCAAAGACCCAAACUUGGAGUAGUUACAUUACUACUCCCAAGUUGGCUCAUAAUCUCAACCAAAUUGUGGUGAUAGAGGAGGAGAAGAAGGUUUACGCCGUGGAUGACGAUGACCAGAGCUUCAAACUUUUGCCAAGUGAAGGUAAAUUCUGGAGAAGCGGGAAGAGAGAUUCCAAGCUAGGAAACAGACACGAUUGGUGUGUCAUAGGGAAAUUGUUAUACUGUCGUGGUACUCGCGGGAGGAUACUGUGGUGUCAUCCAGAUGAGUUGGAUUGGAAGGAUGUGAAAGGUUUGGAAGAGCUGCAAUUGUAUCUCUCUGGUUCCAGAUACAUCCUCGUCGAUACCUUUGGUGAACGGCCAAGAAAAACCAAAGUUAGAUAUGAAAUUAGCAAACUCUGUAGUAACUCUGCUGGGAACAUUGUCAUCUUCUGGAACGCGCAUCUUGCAGAUUCUGAGACUAUGGAGCUUUGGUCUGCAGAGAUUUCUUUGGAGAGGCGGGAGGAUGACGAGAUUUGGGGGAAGAUUGAGUGGUCCAAUGCUAUCUUCAAUCUUGAUCCUCUCUCAAACUCAUAUAGCGUUAAGGUCUUAUUCUCUGCUUCUGUCCGUGUGUGAAUGUGUGAUGUACCAAUCAAUCAACUGGGAACUCUGUUAUCUUCUGGAACGCACAUCUUGGAGAUUCUGAGAAUAUGAGCUUUGCUCUGCCGAGAUUUCCGUGGAGAGGCGCCAGGAUGCUAGAUCUGGGGGAAUACUGAGCGGUCCAAUGUUCUCUUCAAGCUCAUAUAGCGCUAGCGUCUUAUUGUCUGCGUCGGUCCGUGUGUGAUUUAUCAGUUAAUCUUCCCAAUCCUUGUUUGAACUAUUAUUUAUAUCACAUUUGACUCAAUGCUUGCUUUAUCGUUGUUCUCUCUAUAUAUGUGGAAUUGUUUAGUUUUUUGA